AUGGAAAACUCAACAGCCAUCAUCGAAGAUGCCCUCAAGGACAUCUCCUUGAACCCUACAGGAACGACAAAAGACGCAGAUGAUGAAGAUUUCAUUUUCAACUUCGACUUCGACUUCGACUUCGACGAGUUCAUGGGCGAUCCCAUACCUGUCCGCAAGUUUGCGGGUCGAGUGUUCUUCAAGAAGCACCGCGAAGCGCUCAACUUCGCCAACAAAUACUCCAACCGUCGAGCGGAAGAUGGUGUUCAGUCAAUGUUUACUGACGGAACGGCAUCGGAGCCUCGCCUCGUUCAACUGGCCGCCUCCCAAGGUGAGAAAACUAACAAGCGCUGGUGCGCAUGUGCUGUGGUCUACAGAGAACACCCUGAUGACGAAGACUGGGUCAAAAACGGCUACACGAUGCUCCACAUCGGAGAAAGCACCAACAGUGAACUCGGUGGACUCGCCCAGUGCCUUGCCCUUGCGCACGACCUCUUCGCCAACGAUCACGCUGUGAAGAAGAUCAUGGUCUUCUCUGACUCUGGUAAGAUGCUUUCAAGGCUUACGAAAAUCUCGCCAGAGAGCCCCGAGCUUCCGAACUGGGAUCACAACCUCUUGAGCGAUGUCUUGGCUUACGCAGACUUGCUUGUCAACGUCUACGAGAAAGAGUUGGAACUCCACUGGGUGCCUAGUCAUCAGGGCGUAGAGGGAAACGAGUUGGCCGACGAGACAGCCCUUGCGUACCGCCCGGACAAGUUGUGGCCUGAACUUUAUCGUGUGAAUUCCAAUUCUAACAGGAGGAAGAAAGACACGCCACAGGAGAGCAAGAGGGACCCUGUCCUUACGCUUGUAUCAAAGCAAAACCGCGACCAUGGCAGGGCCAUGCGUAUUACUAAGCGCCCUACAGGCAGGAUGGGGUCGUUCGAUAUCUCGCGGCGGAGCAAGGUAGCUGGUGAUGACUAUAGGGAUGGCGGUAGAAGCGGGCGCAGGACGCCUAGCUACGGAUCACUUCACAGUCAUUACCCUGCACAUUCGUACCGUUCCAGUUACGAUUCCCGUUCCAAUUAUGAAUCCCGUUCCAGGUAUGAAUCCCGUUCCAGGAAUAAGUCCCGUUCCAGUUAUGACUCGACACCUCGGCUCGACUAUUAG